AUGUCUAUGAGAACUCUCCCCCUGGUUUUCAUUAAUCUUGGUGGGGAAAUGCUUUACAUACUGGACCAACGCCUACAAGCUCUCAACACGUCCGAGGACAAUUCAGAGAAAGGAGUGUGGUCAGAAAAUGACAGAAAAAGAGUUAUGAAUGGCAUUGUGGGGGCCAUGUUUAGUAAAGACUUUAUGGAUGAACUUCUCAAACCUCAGCAGCUGUAUUCUCACCGAACCCUGAAAACAGUGCUAACUCGGAUAGCACACGCCUCCAUCAUGAGGCUGAACCCGGCCAGCAUGGACAGGCUUUACGAGCUGAUGGUCAUGGCAUUCAAAUAUCAAAUCUUCCUUUGUCCAAGGCCUAAAGACCUGCUGCUCAUCACUUACAAUCACAUAGAUACCAUCAGGGAACUUGUAAAAGACACUCCUGUGGUUGUGAACCAAGUGGACGAGACACACAGGAAGAUCAUCGAGGUAUACUCAUCUUUACCCGAAGGUGAAUUCCAGCUUCUCAGACAAACGCUGCUCAUAUUUUUUCAGGACAUGCAUGUUCGAGUGUCACUUUUCCUCAAAAUUCAAGUCCAAAAUCCCAACGGACGUUUUGCCCUGUCAACAUCAGGCCCAGUGCCUCAUGGGAUAGAUGUCCCAGGGCUCAUUAGGACAUUUGACGGAAAGGGCAGAGAAGUGAGACGGACUGAGUUCCCCUCAGGAGGAAGUUACAGCAGCUCUGUGAGAGAGGGGUGCUUUGAACUGCACGGAGACAGAGUCAUCAGACUGGGCAUGGACAUGUACACUGUGAACCAUCCAGAGGAGACACACACAUCGAAGGAUACCUUUGUCAAGACGGACAACACUAACCUGCUGGCCAAAGAGGAGUUGAACCUGCUGGCUCGCCUGAUGGGCAGCAUGAAGGCCGAGAAAGAGCCCAAAGCUGAAACUGGCUUUUGGAUAAACCUGUUCACCACGGACCAAGAGGAGGAGGAGGCGGGAGCUUCAGGCCUAGCGGAGGAGCCCUUGUUUGAAGUGAUAAAUAUUCAAGCGAUGCAGGAUGAACAGGUAACGACUGAGCUUGCUAGAAUCGCCGGACAGUUUGCAGAAGAAGAGCCGCCUGGAAAUCUGACCAGCAGCAAAGGAGACGACCUGCUGGCCAUGAUGGACGACCUCUGA